AACUAUAGUUCAGAGUGUUUGAAAGAAAAAGAACCAGAACUUAAGUCGGGAGGGCUCAAAGAGCCCAUCUUGGCGCAUGGCGCCGUGAAUUUAAACUCAGCUUCAAACGCUAACGCUACAUCAGAUGUUAAGUUAGAGUAUCCACCACUGGACCAAAUUCUUUCAAGAGAAGCCAACGACAACCCUUACACAAAUGUUCAAACAAAUCCUUCAGAUAACGUAGACCAUUACCUUCUUCAGUUAUACCAAACAAUUUUACUCAAAGACGAUAAGAAGCUUUUGACAAAUCUUAUAAGCAAGAACCAAAUAAUUCUAACAAAGGAGGACCUUGAAAAUGUUAUAUCACGAAUAACAGGAAAGCAAUGUGUCAUUGACUAUCUCGACCCUGAAAUCGAAUGCUGUGGUCAAACUCCACUAUUCAUGA